AAAUGGCAAUAUGAUUGCCUGGCGAAAUUUGCUUUUUUUCAGAUUGGUUGAAUUGUUAAAAAUGUAUUUUGUGUUGUAAAUCUGUGGAGUAUUUUAGAUUAACUUAUCUUUUGUUUGGUUUCAUCGUGUUACUUUUAUUGUUCUAUAAUCAGACAAGGCAUGUUGUUCCGGAGUCAUAGGUUAAGAUUUGCGAUAAUUUAGUGUGUUAUUUGUUUAGGUUUAUACCAAUUGUAUCUGAUAUGCUAUUUAAUAAAAUGACAGAUAAGAGACUUACUAAUAGUUUUAAGAGUUACGUGGGAUUUGAUGAUGAGCCUUUCAACACAAGUAAUGAAGAAUCAUUUUCCGAACUCAAUACACGCUGUCUGCCAGGUGAAAUGGCAAUCGCAGAAGCAGAACAUGUUCUUAUGUUCUCUCCAGUCAGCGAGCACAAGCAAGGGAAGUCCGGAUCGCUCAUCGUAACCAACUUCAAACUGUCUUUUGUCACAACAGAGGAGUACACCAAGCAUGAGAUGUUUUGUCAAGAAAACCUGUUGCUGGGUGAACACGAUGUCUGCCUGUCGAAUGUGGACGCCUUGUACCUCAUGGGAGACAAGAAGAGGCGGCUGCUGCCUGGCAAGAACAUGUCUGAGAAAGUCAAGGGUCUGAUAGUUGUUUGUAAAAACAUGAAAGUGAUGACAUUCAGUUUCAAGUUCUCACCUGUCGGCCAUGGCAGGAACCUCACCAACGCUCUACUGCAUCAUGCAUUCCCCAAGAGACAUCAGUUGCUCUUUGCUUAUGACUUCAGAGAGCCGUACUACAGAUGUCCCAUGGAUGUGUGCAUGUACCAGGACCCUGGGGAGUGGGGUCGAGAGUUGGCCCGGACAGGGGCGGUGGGGUGGCGGCUUACCGCUGUGAACAAGGAGUUCAAAAUGUCGUCCAGCCUGCCUGAGUGGUUGGUGGUUCCGUCAUCCGCAACUGAUCCGCAGCUGCUGGAGGCAGCAAGACACUUCCGCGGUGGUCGUCCGCCACUGUGGUGUUGGAGCUCACCACGAGGUGCUGCGCUGGUCCGCAUGUCCGACAUCCAGCCUUUCAUCGCAGACAGGCGGAGUAUUGUCGUCAGUGGCGGCUCAGAAAUCUUAAGCAGCUUCAGGCCGGAUACUGCCUCCUGGACAUUACCAAGAGUGAAGGAGAACACGAUGUUGGAGACUGUGCGCAAGAGUCAUCCUCGACUGGCCCAGCCCAAGGUGAUGGAACUGAACAAGGAUGUCCCGACACCGCGGGAAGUGCAAGUCAGCUUCGUUAAACUACGGGAACUCUGUGCUCCUGAGAAUGUGAGACAGUUCUGGAUCCAGGACAGCCACUUCCUUUCACUUCUGGAGGUGUCUCGGUGGUUACACAAUGUGUCUGUGUGUCUGGCCAAGGCGAAGGAAGCGUCCAUGGGUCUGCACAACGAGUUCACUGUCGUCCUACAGGAAGGUGACGGGUAUGACAUGUGCUGUGUGGUGGCCAGCCUGUCGCAGAUGCUCAUUGACCCUUACUUCCGAUCUAUCGUCGGCUUCCAGUCGCUGGUCCAGAAGGAAUGGGUGGCAUUGGGACACCCGUUCUGCACCCGGCUCGGCCAUGUCUACAACAUUGAGACUCAAGAGGCCCCAGUGUUUCUACUGUUCCUGGAUUGUGUGUGGCAGCUGCUUCAGCAAUUCCCUGCUGACUUCCAGAUGACUGAGACGUACCUGACGACUCUGUGGGACUCAGCCCACGUUUCCAUCUUUGAGACGUUCCUCUUCGAUUGUGAACGCGACCGAAAACUCGCCAAAUCAGAGCCAAAUAACCCGCUGACGAUGAGGUCGGCGUGGGACUGGGGAGAGCAGUUUUCAGAUCGUGACGUUUCACUUUUCUACAAUCCCCUGUACUGCCCCCCUGCCACGUCCACAACCCCACAGCUGCUGCCCCCUCCACUCCCCGUGGAGACUGGCAUCUCUGCACUGCAAGUGUGGAGCCAGUGCUACUUCCGGUUCAUUCCCAGCAUGGAGAUCAUCGGUGGUGGAAAACCACAGGUGGACUUGAGCUGUCGUCUGCUGGUGUCGCAGAUAGACCAGUUGGAGCGAGAGAUGCAGUACUCUCCCCCGCCGCAGGCAGGUCCGCCCCCACUCGCUCAACAGCCUGCUGUAGCUCGAGUGGGCUCAUUUUUUCCCUUUUCCCGCCGUGCAGACUCGGGUCCCGUUGCCGCUGCUCUUCUCGUCAGUUCUCUCUCUCUUAACACCAGUUUUCAGUCAGCUGAGGGCAUGUUGGAUUCUCAGUCCAUUCUGAACGCCCCUGAUUAGUUAAUCUGUCUGAUUAACCAACAGCUACAAUACCCCUCAUGCAUGUGGUAACAUGUACAUUUUCCACAGCCUGUUGUUGUUUCUAAAUUCUACAAAACAAACGAAUAGAAUGUUAAACCAUUUCCAUCAGCAAGAAAAGUUCUUCAUACCUGUUUACUUUUUAAUUCUUCAAAUUAUAGUAAAAUAUUGGCAACUAAUGAGUCAGCUGUUAAAUUAUCUCCUAGUACUGACUGGUAAUAGUUAACUAAUUAUAUGGCUGUUUACGGAUAUAAUCAAUUUUAACUGUUUAUUAAGACAUAAUUAAGUAGUCAGGCUGCUUGUGAGAAAAUACCUAACAAUAAGUGAAAUUUAAGUUAUCUUUUUUAUAUUAUCUGUUUAUUUUUUUGUAUAUUUAUAUUAAAUCUCUUUUGUUAUAAAAUGUUAUUUAUACAUUGUGUAAUGUUUUGUUUUCGUUAUAAGAUACAAGGUGCUGAACACUUUUAGUGUAAUAUUUCUUUUACAUAAAAAUUUUAGAAAAUCACGUAAACAAGUUAGUGUUCAAAAUAUUUGUGUUCAAAACAUUUGUGUUGUCCUGUUCCAAAAUAUUAAUAAAUAUCAUCUCAUUGUUAGGAGGAAAUAAUAAAGCUAACCAAGAUACAGUACAAAACUUAGUGUAAGGUCUCAAUAACUUAUAAUCUAUAUGAAAGGAAAUCUUAGUGAGUUGUUUGUAAUAAAAAGUUACUGUCACUUGAAUUGUUUUCCCGGUGAAUUAGCAAGUUAACGUUUGGUAAUAUUUUAGAAGUAUUUCCUGAAACCAUGUUUACAUUACUUCAGGCACACAUUAUAUCUGUAAAACUACCGGCUAUUUGUCAAUUAAAUGUGUGCUAUUAAAAAAAAAUUACAAAAAAAGUUAUUAGCUAUGUUUAUUAUAAGAGAUUAAAAUGUGUGAGUGGGGUUGGAUGUAUAAAUCCAUGACAUAAAUAAUAUAAUGUUUUUACACUAUGAAUUAUAUCAGUAUUAUGUUCCUUGACAUAUAUAGAUUGAAAUAUGUUUAUAAUGUAUUUUAAAUUAUACAAUUUUAUAUGUAAUCGUUAUGCAUUAGUUUAUUUAUUGAAAUAUCUUAAACUUCAUUGAUUAUUCAAUUUUAUAUGUUUCAAUUGAAAACAAAAAACUACAUUUAAUUACAUGUAUCUUUAUUAAUAUGCAAUCAGAGCAAGAUAUAGUUAUUAAUAGAUUGUUAAGGUACCGAAUUUAUCUAUUUUAAUCCAUUAUAUUGCACAUAAUUUAGUUUGAUAUGAAUAAUUUUAAAUGCACAAAAUAUAAUUUGCCACAUUGCUGGUAAGAUAUGGGUAAGAAAAUACGAUGAGAAUAAUAUGGAACUCUUAUAUUAAUAUUGUUGUGAUACAAUUAGAGAGUUAUUAUUUUUGUAAGUAGCUCCACUAAUAAUUGUAUAGAUAUAUCAACUAAUUUUAUAGUUGUUUUGUACAUAUAAAUUAUUUAUUUAAAUUAUGAUGUUCAAUAAAUCAUUAUUUUCAAA